AUGCUUUUCAGUUUCGUGCUUCGCCAGUCUCUGCUUGGCGCCCCAAGAAACGGGUGGUCUUCACAAUACCCUCUUCAGUCCUUUCUAACUGCCUAUCAAUGCAGCUAUGGCGAUGAGCACACUUCUUAUGGAGAAACAGGAAACCCAGUACCGCCUUUUGGAUGCACCUUCUCCUCUGCUCCCAGUAUGGAGCAUAUACUAGCAGUUGCCAAUGAAGAAGGCUUUGUAAGAUUAUAUGACACAAAAUCACCAACUUGCAAAAAGAAGUGUUUCAAAGAAUGGACGGCUCAUUGGAAUGCUGUCUUUGAUCUGGCCUGGGUCCCUGGUGAAUUUAAACUUGUUACAGCAGCAGGUGAUCAGACAGCCAGGUUUUGGGACGUCAGUGCUGGUGAACUGAUUGGAACAUGCAGAGGUCAUCAGUGCAGCCUCAAAUCCGUUGCCUUUUCUAAAUUUGAGAAAGCUGUCUUCUGUACAGGUGGAAGAGAUGGCAAUAUUAUGGUCUGGGAUACCAGGUGCAACAAAAAAGAUGGAUUUUAUAGGCAAGUGAAUCAAAUCAGUGGAGCUCACAAUACUUUAGACAAGCAAACUCCUUCAAAACCCAAGAAGAAACAGAAUUCAAAAGGGCUUGCUCCUUCGGUGGAUUUCCAGCAGAGUGUUACUGUGGUUCUCUUUCAAGAUGAGAAUACAUUAGUCUCGGCAGGAGCUGUGGAUGGGAUAAUUAAAGUAUGGGAUUUGCGCAAGAACUAUACAGCUUACCGACAAGAACCCAUAGCAGCCAAGUCUUUCCCCUACCCAGGUAGCAGUACUCGUAAACUAGGGUACUCAAGUCUGAUUUUGGAUUCCACUGGGUCUACUUUGUUUGCUAACUGCACAGAUGACACUAUCUAUAUGUUUAAUAUGACUGGAUUAAAGAUUUCUCCAGUGGCUAGCUUCAGUGGACACCAGAACUCUACCUUUUAUGUUAAAUCCAGUCUUAGUCCUGAUGACCAGUUUUUGAUCAGUGGCUCAAGUGAUGAAGCUGCUUACAUUUGGAAGGUUUCCACACCCCAGUAUCCUCCCACUGUGCUCCUGGGUCAUUCUCAAGAGGUUACAUCUGUGUGCUGGUGCCCAUCAGACUUCACAAAGAUUGCUACAUGCUCUGAUGACAAUACACUAAAAAUCUGGCGUUUGAAUAGAAGCCUACAGGAGAAACCAGUGGGAGAUAGGUCUUCUUUAGUGGGUUGGGCCUCUCAGAAGAAAAAACAGGAACAAGCUGGCCAAGUAACAGUUGCAAGUAGCCAGUAUACUCCAGCCAAAGUCCCCAAGAUAACGAGUGAUCCACCAGUCUCCUCCCCAUCGUCAGCUGCUUGUGCACCUAGCUGUACUGGAGACCUCCCUCUUCCAUCUAACACUCCCACGUUAGCUGCUAAAACACCUCCUGCCAAGGCCCCGUCUCCUGUCAGUAGAAGAGGCUUGACCUCCUCUAUCUCUCCCAAGCUGCCACCUUCUUUCAAGAUGUCAAUUAGAAACUGGAUGACCCAGGCACCGUCCUCAUCUCCACCCAUCACUCCACCUACUUCUGAGACACAGAUCCCUUCUCCGAGAAAAGCCCUCAUUCCUGUAAGCCAGAAAUCGUCCCAAACCGUGGCUUGUCCUGAGUCUAGAAACAGAGUUAAGAGGAGGCUAGACUCAAGCUGCCUGGAUAAUGUGAAACAAAAGUGUGUGAAGAGAUGCAAUUGUGUGACUGAACUUGAAGGCAGAGCUGAAAAGCUCCAUUUGGAUCUGUGUUCCCUUACUGGUAACCAGGAAGACCUGGGUAAGAACUCUGAAGGUCUGACCAAAUCAAGCAUCAUUGAAGGAGCUAGUUCAAGUAUUUCUGAGCCUCCUUCUCCUGCCAGUCCUUGUGCUUCAAAAGGCUGUGGAUCACUGCCUCUUCCUUUGUUAUGUGAAGAAGGAUCAGAAGUCGUAGGCAAAGAGAAUAACUCCCCAGAGAAUAAAAACUGGUUAUUGGCCAUGGCUGCCAAACGGAAGGCUGAGAAUUCGUCUCCACGGAGCCCAUCAUCCCAGACCCCCAGUUCUAGGCGUCAGAACGGGAAAGUAUCACCAGGCCUGGUCACCAUUACUCCCAGCUCCAUGAGGAAGAUCUGUACGUACUUCCAUCGAAAACCCCAAGACAGCUACAGUAGUCCCGAACAAUCAACUUAA